GUCACACAAACAUAGUUUGCAAGAAUACUUGCCUUAAUAGAAGUUGUAAAUGCAGAAUACAUGAAAGAAAAAAUAAACACAACUUAAAACGGAACUCAGAGAGUUCAAGCAUAUGUUGCUGAACAAUAUCUUUCUUCUAUAAACUCAUCUCCAAAUACAAAUUUCAGUUGGAAGUAAAUAAGACGAUGGCCUUUACCGCUGCCUGCAAGACCGCUUUUGUUAUCCUUGUUGCCUGCACUUUGUGGGUAUCUUCUUAUGCAGAUUCUGGAGAAGUAGAACCACCAAGUUAUGAGUAUGACCCGCGCAUAAUGGAGAAGAGGUACAGGAAUUGGAUGCAAUCUCAUGGAAAACAAUACAAGGACAAAGACGAAUGGGAGCUACGCUUUGGAAUUUACCAGUCCAAUCUUCAGUUUGUUGAAUAUAUUAACUCUCAGAACCUCACCUUCAAGCUCACUGAUAACAGCUUCGCAGAUAUGACAAAUGAGGAGUUCAAUUCCCUUUUCACAGGUCGGUUGACAAACAUAACACCAGAAAGGAAUCCAGCCCCAAUCAAUAAAACUGACCGCCGUAGUUUGCCAACAGAGAUUGACUGGAGAGACAAGCAUGCAGUUACUCAUGUUAAGGACCAGGGCGCAUGUGGAAGCUGCUGGGCUUUUUCUGCAAUUGCAGCAGUCGAAGGACUCCACAAAAUAAAAACCGGGAAGUUGGUUUCAUUGUCGGAGCAAGAACUAGUAGAUUGUGACCGUGGAGAAAAUUUAGGCUGCAGAGGAGGGUUCAUGGAAGCAGCCUUUGAUUAUAUAAAAAGAAAUGGUGGUGUAGCCAUUGAAACAGAGUACCCUUACACAGGAAGGGAUGGCAAAUGUAAUGAACAAAAAGAAAAGCACCAUGCUGUAAAAAUAGAAGGUUAUAGGACGGUACCUGUAGAUGAUGAAGAGACCCUACAAGCCAUAGUUGCCAAUCAGCCUGUAUCUGUUGCUAUUGACGCUGGUGGCUAUGAAUUUCAGCUCUAUGACAGUGGUAUAUUUGACGGCUUCUGUGGGACAAGUCUUAAUCAUGGCGUAACUGCUGUUGGUUAUGGAGAAGAAAAGGGAAACAAGUACUGGAUAGUGAAGAAUUCGUGGGGUACUCAUUGGGGGGAACAAGGAUUUAUAAGGAUGAAACGUGGUUCAUCAAGAAAAUCAGGUCUAUGCGGCAUAGCAAUGCAAGCCAGUUAUCCAAUUUAAUCUCUUCGAUAUGUUUCCAAAGUAGACACUUUUAAAGCAAUUAACCAAGUAAAUGUAAGUUAUAUCCUUUAUCAUACUAUCAUAAAAGUUGGAAAGUUGGUAUAGGACCUUACCGCUUACCAGAAGAGAAUUUAAUAGAUGGUAUAUUAGUAUUAGCACAUGUCCUGCAACAAAGACAGAUUGAAAAUUUGAGACUUCAAAUAUCCCUUAUUUUAGCUAGCUACAAAAUUUGUUCUGUAAAAUACUUGCAACUAUCUCUGUAACAAGGCAUAUAAAGCAAUGAAGUACACUUUGUUCGAC